AUGGAGAAACACCAACCUCCGUCCGGGGACGCCCAAUCUGGCGCCGAGAAGCUACAAGUCGAUGAUUCCAUCAUGCGGGACAUCGACUUUGGCCAAGUACUCGACGCUGAAACAACUCCAGAAAUGGAAAAGAAAGUCUUGAGAAAAUUGGACUGGUUUUUGAUACCCCUGAUGGGUGGCUGUUAUAUGUUGCAGUAUAUUGACAAGUUGGCGAUCAGCCAAGCGACACUUUUCAACCUUCGACAAGACUUGAAUCUUAAAGGCAAUGAGUACAACUGGGCAUCCGCCAUCUUCUACUUUGGAUAUUUCGCAUGGAGCUGGCCCAGCUCUUACUUGGUCGUCAGGCUUCCUCUAGGAAAAUACCUUGGUGUAGCUGCUUGCGUUUGGGGGGCUUGCCUUAUGGUUCAUGCUGCAUGCAUCAACUGGGGUGGACUCAUGGCAGCACGGUUCUUCCUUGGAGUCGGAGAGGCAUCUAUUGCUCCAGGAUUUGCCCUGAUCACUGGCAUGUUCUAUACCAGGGAGGAGCAGCCUGCUCGACAAGCAGCAUGGUUUUGCGGAAAUUCGAUUGCUGUCCUUCUCGGUGGAUUGAUUGCAUAUGGCAUUGGAAAUAUUCACGUUGAAGCUAUUGCCCAAUGGCAGUUGCUUUUCCUCGUUCUCGGUGCCGUUACCUCUGCAUACGGCAUCCUCUUAUUCCUCACUUUACCUGAUUCGCCCGCCAAAGCCAUUUUCCUCAAAUCACAUGAACGUGCCAUCGCAGUGCAACGAACACUCAAGAACAAGACUGGAGUUAUGGAUCAAGGAAAUUUCAAAUGGAACCAGGUUUGGAUGGCUGUCAAAGAUCCUCAGAUGUGGUUUUUGGUCCUAUAUACCCUGUGCGUCAACUUCUGCAACGGAGGUCUCACUAGCUUCUCUGCUAUCAUUAUCACCGGCUUUGGUUUCCCUCAUCUAGAGGCUCUUCUCAUCCAAAUGCCUAUUGGUGGCGCACAGCUUGUUUUCCUCAUCCUGAGUUCGGGUGUCGCCUCGCUCGUUCCAAAGACUCGAAUCCUCAUGAUGAUCUUCAACACUGCAGUCUCGAUGGUUGGCAUGCUUCUAAUUUGGAAGCUUGGUGAUGAUAACCGAGCCGGAAAGAUGACGGGUCUUUGUCUUGGAGGUGUUUUUGCGGCCAACAUCCCCUUGUCGCUGAGUCUGAUUAGCUCGAACGUUGCUGGAUUCACCAAGAAAAGUACAGUCAGUGCUGUCAUGUUUGCAGCAUACUGCAUUGGAAACAUUGUUGGACCUCAGUUCUUCAUUCCCUCCGAGGAGCCAUCAUAUCCGACGGGUAUCAAAGCUUCCAUGUCCGGCCUGGCCUUUGGUAUAUUCUUCCUGAUCUGCCUUUACGUGUAUUAUGUCUUUGAGAACCGUCGUCGGGACCGUCUUUAUGGAUCUCCAAGGGAGAUGACGGAGAGAGAAGAGCUACAAGAUGAAAUAUCGAACAAGACGGACCACGAGAUUGAAAGUUUCCGAUACGUUCUUUGA